AUGCGCUUCAAAAGAAAUAUUCGAACAAGACCCAAUAGUCCACAUUGGCCAGGGACGCCCCUCCUCAUCAGGGUUGUGAUUUUCCAUCCCUGGCCUGGGCAAAUCAUCACUGGACGUGUACGUUCAUCCUCCGAAAGGGGGGUUGCUGUCUCGCUCGGCUUCUUUGAGGAUAUCUUGAUCCCCUCAAGCCACUUUCCGGACUCUGACGCCUCUGAAAUGCUUUGGUAUUGGGAUUAUGAUGGUUCCAAGUUGUAUCUCGAAGCUGGCGCCGCCAUACGCCUUCGAAUCGUAUCGGACUCCUUUUAUGAAAACCCUCCACUACAAAAAGGUACCCGCUUUUGGCUGGCUAUUUUUUAG